CUCGACAAGGACUAAGGCAUUAUUAAUGGGCUCAAAACUGAGAAGCUUGUGGUAGGUUUCCAUACUUUUCUGCUUUCUUGGAGGAAAGUCAUUGCACCAUUCACCUGAGGCAUUUCAGAACCAGAUAAAUGUGGGUACGGAUAUGCAUUUGGUCGUCUUUUGCUGAACAGAGAUGCGCUGGUUUCCAUAGAAGCUUUGUGAUCUUAGUGCUUUCCCAGGCCAGAGAGAAAGGUCUGAGUUUUGCGAGAUGGUGACCUUUCUAAAACUUUGUUUCUGUUCAGUAUAAGUAAAUCCCACUGAACUUGUGGAUAAUGCGUGCAGUGGGUGCUGCUCCGGUUCAGGUGGAGGGUCAGAGACUUUCAUGGCUUGCUAUGGUUGUGACUGUGGUGGCGAUCACCACAUCCUCGCUAUCGGCUCUGUCCCUAUACCACGUGCUGGCUCUGCAGGCAGAGGUGGAAGUGCUGAGGAGCGAAGUGAGCCGCAGGAGAGAAGGAUGCAGGGACGCACUGGAGGAAAGUGUGAGAGGACCUCAGCCUCCACAGCAGCAAAAUGACGACGACAGGAACAAAGCUUUGAUGGAUGCUUCUGGAAGACAGCAGGAGCAGUUCAGACUGAAGAAGAGAAGUCUGGGAAGUGAAGCUGAACAACCAGUGUUUCAGCCGUUCUUCCAGAUGAUGGCAGACAGCAAAAGGAAGAUAUUUCAGAAAGAGUUCGCACAAGAGAAACACACUGGCAUUCCGUGGCAGGCGGGUCUAAAGCGAGGCGAGGCUCUUGAGGAGGAUCAGGAUGCCAUAGUGGUCAAAGAGGAGGGCUACUACUUCCUUUACGGUCAGGUUUAUUACAAAGACCCCACUUUUGCAAUGGGCCACAUUGUGAUCCGCAUGAAAAAGCAUGUGGUUGGGGAUGAGAGUCAAAAUGUUGUUCUGUUCCGCUGCAUCCAGAGUAUGAACAUGAAGGUUCCCUAUAACACCUGCUACACAGGAGGGAUGGUGAAGCUAGAUGUUGGGGACAGAGUGGAACUGCUCAUACCUCGCCUCACAGCAAACAUCUCUCUGGAUGGAGACUGCACCUACAUGGGGGCCAUCAAACUGGCCUGAUCUAACUCAGAGAUGGAACUCUACAAGAUAGUGGACAUGAGACACCAGGUUAUACUGCUUUUGGAAAUCUCAGAACACAGGUUUUCAAACGCUUUCUUUCACUAACCUGUAACGAUUGUGCGUUUUGCACAACUUAGUGUAUAGUUAGAAACUGAGGAAUUCUUUACACGUGGAGGUUGAUGAAUGUGGGCUAAAUGCAUGUAAAUUAGCUAUGGUAAAGUUCCUCUCGGUGUGAAUGAAUAUAUGUGAAUGUGUAUGUACAUGGUGCUUUGUGAUGGACUGGUGACCCAUCUGGGGUCUAUUCCCGCCUCAUGCACAGUGCACCUGGGAUAUGUUCCAGACCCAGGAUAAAGUGCUGACUGAAUAUAAGUGAAUGCAUGGGACAUGUGGACCCAGUCUACCUGUGGACCUUGGAAACUAGAGUUAGCAUGAUAAAGAAUUCAAGCCCAGAGCUAAAUUGUAUUGCUGUCCCCAAGUCUAUAAAGACCUGGCCUUUUGAGAUGGGCCUUUCAACAAGUUUUGAACACUUCUUCGGCUACAUUUUAGCAUUUACAUAAAUCAUUUUUCUUUGUCUUAAAUAAUGGCAUAUGGUGCAUGCAAGGCAAGUUUAUUUAUAUAGCACAUUUCAUACA